CGAGCGAGUCCCUCUGAACAUGAACUGUCUUAUUGCAGCAGACAACCUGCAUUUACCAGCCAUGCGGUAGGUCCAUUGCGAUCACUUUGCUUAUAUCAAUGCGCUGUUCAAGACAUGCCCUGAGAAACCUCAAACAUUACUCGCAGUACUGGGGCAUUUCUCGCUCUCUGCGACGGGUUCUACACAUCUCCCCCAGAAUGGGCGGACAAGCCUUCGCUUUGUCCAAACCCCCUCUUCACACUCCUCGCAUGCCCCCCGAAAUAUAUGCCCAAGUCCGGGCGCAGACCCAUUCCAUCCUCCGGAAAUAUUACAGCCACGUGGACUCCGCCAUCGAAGCCCCUGCCAAGGAGAGUUAUGGAGACGUCGACACGUACGUUUACGGGCCGCUGGAUACUGCCUUCGAGUCUUCGGAGACGGGCUCUAUUGUUGUAGCGCAGAAUUUGGCUAAGGUGCUGGGUGCGACGAAGUUUAUGAGACAGACCCGGGAUCCGAUUAUUAAUUUGGCCAUUCCAUGGCCUGAACGAGGAGACGAGGAAGAGGAAGAGAAGAAGGAAGGGAAAUACGUUCAAUUAGACGUCAACAUCUGCUCAACAUUGACAUCGUUCACAUGGUCACUUUUUCAUUCAGCGCAUGGCGAUCUCUGGAAUAUCCUCGGGUCGACCAUCAGACCGUUCGGGCUAACCGUCAAUACUCGAGGGAUGCAUCUUCGCAUCCCUGAGAUUGAGUUGCAUGACCGGAAGAAGAGUAUGAUAUUUCUGACUAAUGAACCGAGCCAAAUUCUUAAAUUCUUGGGUCUAGACGAGGAGAGAUGGUGGAGACCAUUCGGCAACUGGGAAGAAAUGUUCGAAUAUGCAGCUGGAUGCCGGAUGUUCUUCGUCAAAGAGAGUGUGGAUGAUAAAGGGGCGCCAGGAGAGGCCACGAGCGAAGGUGAAACUAAAGGAAACGGAGAUGUUGAAGGGCAGAUAGGCGGAGAGGAGGGAAAGAAGAAACUGAAGUCUAACGAUCGGCGGCGGAUGGCUAAACGUCCUAUCUUCAAGGCAUGGAUGGAUGAGUUUAUCCCUAAGUGUCGAGAGCGGGGUACCUUUGAAAAUGCGAGGGUCACCAGGAAGCAGAUCCAGGAAGAAGCCAUCCGAAUUUUUAACAUCAAGGAGGAAUACCAGACGAGAUUAAGAGAAUGGAACCUGGAGAAGCAAAAGGGUGAUCUUUGGAGAGAAAUACUGCUGGACUGCGUUCCACUCGAAGGUGUGGAUCCGGUGCUUCGAGCAGCAGCGACUAGAACGUUGAAGAGCACUAUCAUGGAUGGACUGGAGUUUGAUGGUGUGGUUCCACGAGCUUCCUGGAAGGAUGAUGAGGGUCUCUAUGAUCAGGGGGAGGUGAGGCGAUUCGUACAAGAGAAUUGGGAGAGAGCGGGACAGAUUGGGUUAGCGAGGCAGGAGGCUCGCUCACUGGAGAGAAUAAAGGCAAAUACGGGGAAGAAAGCAAAAGAAAAUGAAGUAUUGGCAGAGGUCGAGGACAGAAAGCGUAAAGAGGCUCCUGUUUGAGAUAGUUGGUAGACUUCGAUUGCUAAUGUCUAAUGGAUU